AUGAGGUGUGAAACAGUGUUUACUGUUGGGUUGUUUGCGAUUGUUUUAUCUCCUUCCUUUCAGGGGGAUUUGGGGUCGUUCAAAUGGAGCACAGAAUUGAUUGACUGGAGCAAGAUUACAGAAUAUAUUGAUGAGAGUUAUAAGCACCAUAACGCUGGUGAGUUCGAGACACUGUGCAAGAUUUACAGAAUUACGCAGGCAGAAGCUCCACAACCUUCCUUUGAGAAUCGCGAGAAGGAAGGAGAGAUUAUGAAUAAGUUGGAGGAAAUGGUCAAGCAAACGGCGGGUGCUGGUGUUAAUAACAGUUCAAGCAAGUCAGGUAACAGCACGACAGCAUAUCAGGAGAUAAGGAAACUGUUUGAGAAGGCGAAAGCGCUGAAGGAGGAAAUUGAGGUGAACAGGACAAAAGCCUUAAAUGCAAGUCGUUCUGCUGAAGAUAAUAUGCUGAGAGCUGUGUAUGGCGACGCUGUGGAUGUUGCAAGAAAUGAGAAUAAAACUCUAGAGCAAGCCAUGAGGGGAAACAAAUCACUGCUGUUCAAUAAUGUCGACAAUGCGGGCACGAGCUGCGGUUCUUAUGGAGAGAAGUUUGUUGGAAAGACACUAAUUAAUGACUUUUUCUGCCUAUGUGUGGGAGAGGCUAUAGGUGGAACAGGGAGCGUAAUAGAAAAAAAAGUGGAAAGGGGAGAUGUUUUUAAUACACAUAUAUAUAAUGGGUUUAAUUGUCCUUGUAAAGAUGAGAUAAGGAGGCCAAGUAAUGGUAGUUGGACCAUGAUGGCUGAAUUUUGUGCGAGUGGCGAGGAGCUUUGCGAGCCUCAAAACGUCAUAUACAACCAUACUGAAGCAUGGAAUGUGAUCAGCAAAGCUUGUGUAUACAAGAAUAUUGCAUCGAAUGUGAAAACCUUAAAGAGUGCACUAGCUCACUUUGAUUCACUAGUAAAUUUGGAACAGGAUAAAUAUCAGGUGAAGGGCAUUUUCGGUUAUGUGAAAACUGAAAACAACACAAAUCACACCUGCACGGGUCAUACUGCUGGAUUCACAUGUGUUAGUUACAGUUACACACUUGAAAAUGGUGGGAUUCCAUGGUACAAUCACCUUACUAACGCUACUGAGCAACUGCAAGAAAUGGAUGAAUAUGCCAAAGAGGCUGACAGUCAUCUUCAUGAGUUGGAAGAAUACCAACAUGAGGCAGAGGAAAUAUUUCUUGAGGUGAAGCUAGGAGGUGAUGCGGAGCUAUGGAAAAGCAACCGAGGUAAGGGUGAUGGUGAAGGUGAUAAUACAGUGGUAGAUAAUGAUGGACUUACUCAUUUGAAUAUUGCAACUGGGGGUUUUACAUUAUUAGUUUUAUCUCUUAUUUGUACGCUUUAG